AGCAGUGUCUCAGUAUCUGCUCUCCUGACACACGGAGGCAGUUCUAUUCUCUGUCUGUUCUGUCUUUAGUAUCUUAACGGUGAGGUGAAUGUAAAUCUCGGUAUGGAGGACCGCGGCUCUAGUUUUCCCCCCCGUCGGAGACACGCAAACUCACCGGACAAUUAAGACGUGAAAGGGCACAUACCGGCCGGUUGUCAACGGAAAACGCCGCUGCUGUUGUUUUAUCACAGUGAGGCUCACUAAUGUUUACUUCUUCUUCUUCUUCCUCCUCCUCUUCUUUUUAUAUCUACGCGUCUUCGAAAACAGAUGCCCUGCUCGGGAAGUUACGGGCAAACCGCGGAUAAAUCCGCCAAGCCGUCUUCCCCAAUUUUCAAGAGGAGCUCUCACCCGAAGGAUUUCUUCUUCUCUGAGCCUGCUCUUCUUUGACCACAACAAGAGACUCUCCAGCCCCUGCAUCAAGGUACAGAAAGGAAAACCUCCUCCUACUCGGAUCGGUGCUUCUGAAAAAUGAGCUGCCAAUGAAUCACCUUCAAGGUCAUCAGUCAUCUUUAGUUGGCCCGGGGGUCUUUUAGAAGGUCGGACCUCCUCGCCACUAUGAAAGGGUUGGGGACCAACCGUAACAGACACCUGUCCGAAUCCUGUGAGCCUCCCUCCGGUCAUCCAGAGGCCCUCUACUCUCACAAGACCUGCACCAUCCCACGCAGCCCUUACCUGCUGAGCCCCACAAUGGACCACUACGGCACCAUGGACCCUCACCUCUAUCCUUCAGCCAACCAAGGCUCCCUUCCACCAGAGUGCAUGCUGCCACUUAACAACCAGCUGUCCAACAGCAGCACCUUCCCCAGGAUUCACUACAACUCCUACGACCAGUCUGACUUCUCCCCACCUGGAGACAGCAUCGGGGGGAUUAGCACAGGGACCAUGGGCACCUCCAUGUCAUUGGGACCGGGUAUGGGCAUGGGCAUGGGCAUGGCAGGGCUCAGUGGACGAACACCUAUGAUUACGAGCGGUUCAGCAACAAUAUCACAUCACAUGACAAAGAACCAGGCACCAUCCAGUUUGAUGGAGUUUGAUAAGCAGCUACCUGGAGGUCGUGACGGGUUCAGCACAUUGCAGUUUCACAGAACGUCAGCUGUUGCUGCCACCAAGCAGCAAACAGACAGUCCUGGUCGCAUCCGCUACAUGCUGCACUCAGUGCAGAAGCUCUUUGCAAAGUCCCAGUCGCUGGAGAGCCAAAACAUGAAAGGAAAUGUCAAUGGACGCUCCACUGGCAGCGGUGGAGGCUCGUCUAGCACCGAAGACGGAGAGAAAAAGAAUCGAAGAUCUAAAAGUAAAGAUCGGGGUACAAAAUCAGAGGCCAAACGAAGACCACGCUCCAACAUGUCAGGCUAUUGGAGCUCAGAUGAUUUGGACAGCAGUGAUUUGAGCAGUUAUCAUAACACCAUGGCCAUGAUGACAAUGGGGCAUCCACCUGGACAUGACAGUCAUGGGGGCCAGUCCAGAUACAUCCAAAGUGGAUACAACACUAUCAGCUCCUCUAAAAGCAGCAAUGACAUGAAGUAUCAGGCACACACUGGGCCUGGGGGCGGAGGAGGUGGUGGACUAGGUGGAGCAGGAAGAAUGGCAAUAAAUGAUAAUGACUACAUGAAAGGAGGGUCCUGGUCCACACUGACCAUGGGCCAGCCGAGACCGAUGAUCCAGAAAGGCUCUGCUACUCUGGACAGAUCCAUGUUCAAGUCCAGAUCCUGCCAACCUGAAAUGAACUGCAACUACCUGCAGGUUGGACGAAGGGGUGAUUGUAGUAGCACUUUAGGUCGCCCUGGGGGUGCCAAUGAAAUACCAUGUCGGCGGAUGCGCAGUGGUAGCUAUGUGAAGGCCAUGGGAGACCUGGAAGACAGCGACGACUCCGAGGGAAGUCCCAAACCUUCGCCAAAAUCCGCCGCUCGUCGCCAGAGCUACCUAAGGGCAACGCAGCAGUCUCUGAGCGACCAGCUUCCCCAACGCAACCUGAUUGGCGUGAGCAGCAGAACCCUGGAUUACACCUUGUUGCAAGGGGAGCUGGAUGCCCUGUGGUCUCCUCUCCACAGUGUGUCCUCUCUGCACCAGCUGGGCAGGUCAAUGAGCAGCUGUCUUCCAUCUCUCAGAGAGAUCUCCAAUAAUCGCAGCCUGGACAACCUAGACUGCAUUGGGGGUACAGUCUCCUCUUUGCCCCCCUGGGAUGAUGAUGACUUCAGCCAGGCCUGCAGCACCUUGGGCAGACGUAGCUGCUUGGGACAGCUGCGGGACCUGGAAAUGAGUCAACAUUACGAGGACCGCAGCUCCGAGUCCACAUUCAGAGAUUCCCGUUCCCAAUCUCAGGACAACCCAGAGCCUCUAGACUUGCCCAUGCCAACAUGCUUCCGAUCCCGCAGCCACAGCUACCUGAGAGCCAUCCAGGCUGGCUGUUCACAAGAUGACGACACGGCAUCCAUGGACUCAGGCUGCUCUCCGCCCCCGAUUGACACUACUGUACGCACCUACAGCAGCAGCACUGACGACCUUUCUGCACAGUGGAUGACAUGGAAAGAACAGUUUGGCUCUUACCUGAUAGCCACUGGCUUGGACAAAGCCCCAAAGGAGAAACAGCUUGCAAUUUUUCUUCAGCGUUUGGGGACAGACAGACAACGCAUCCUACCACGCAAAGUUUCCACAUGCAUCACCACCUGUAAGAAGGUCGCCCCUCCACCAGUGCCCCCCCGUACAACCUCCAAGCCCUACAUCUCUGUGACUGUGCAGAGCAGCACAGAGUCGGCCCAGGACAACUACCUGGACCAGCAGGACCGGAGGUCGGAGGUCACCAGCCAGUCGAGCCACGCUCACAGCAACUCCUCUGACAGCCUCGACAGCACCCGUGCCAACAGCCUGGCCCGGGGUAUUCCCCGCCCUCCACACAUCUUCCACACUCCCAUUGCCAUCCCCAGAGACCCAAUCGCCCCCUCCAGAAGUAACGCUUUCACUGAGACGAGUGACGCAGUCGUCCAGCAUGAAUCAUUGAGAUCAGGAUUUAACAGAGGGAAUCUAGGGGCAGAGGAGCCCCUGGUGGCACCAGUACCCAGGCGGAAACUGUCCUCCAUUGGUAUACAGGUUGACUGUAUCCAGGAAGUUCAACAGGAAGAGACCCCGCCAUUGGCCAAAUUUCAGUCCAUCGGAGUACAGGUGGAGGACGGGUGGCAGCUCAGUCGCUCCAGUAGCAUGGCCUCAAAACAAGAAACUGACUCCGACACACAGGACAUCCCUGUCAUCUCCCAAAUCAAUAAGGCCAAACAUUUUGAAAAGAAAGUCAUGGUCAACAGUGCCAGCCAAUCCAUGAGCUCCCCUCCAGGACAGGACCAUUUAGACAACGGAGACACUACCGGUGACAUCUCUUCACCUCCACCGCCAAGGCAGAUCCUCAAGCGCUCCACCACACGAAGUAGCUCUUCUUCCUUCUCAGAAAGUCUGGACCCAGCGCUGGACCCCUCAUCUCUCCCACCUCCGGACCCCUGGCUGGAUAGUGGGAAUGGUAGUAGCAGCAGCGUUCCCCAGAGCGGAGGAGCGGGGACGCUGUGUCGGAGAGACGGGCACUGGUUCCUGAAGCUGCUGCAGGCCGAGACGGGACGCAUGGAAGGCUGGUGCCAUCAGAUGGAGCAGGAGACCAAAGACAACCAGCUCUCAGAGGAGGUGCUGGGGAAGGUUCGCAGUGCAGUAGGAUGUGCCCAGCUCCUCAUCUCCCAGAAGUUCCAGCAGUUCCGGGGACUGUGCGAACAAAACUUGAAUGUGAAUGCCAACCCGCGGGCCACCGCCCAGGACCUGGCAGGGUUCUGGGACCUGCUGCAGCUCUCCAUCGAGGACAUCAGCCUCAAGUUUGACGAGCUCUACCAUCUCAAGUCCAAUGACUGGCAGUCCGUGCCGUCUGCGGCUGCCCAGUCGCCCCCUGAGCGGAAGGACGAGGAGAAGGAAACCGCUCCGGUGUCAAAGAAACCCGGUAAGGGGCGACCAUCGCUGGGCCGUGAGAAGAGCGCAGACUCUGCAUCCACCUCUUCUUCGGCUUCAGCAGAGAAGCAGAGACACGAGGCUCGCAAGCGUCUACUGGCUGCGAAAAAGGCUGCCUCGUUUCGCCAGAACUCCGCUACAGAGAGCGCGGACAGCAUCGAAAUCUAUGUCCCUGAGGCCCAGACUCGCCUCUGAAAGAGACUGAGAUAGGGAAGCCAUUAUGGUCGGGUCAAAGGACAGAUAAGUCGCUGAAAAACCUGGAAAACUGAGAGGAAAACUUUUGCAGUGCAACUGAGCUACUCAGUUAAAUAUGGAUGGAGGUGUGGGGAGGAGAGAUGA